UUCGCGGCCUGUUUGUUUCGCACACAGCUCAUUGAACUCGGUUUUGUGUGUAGAUACAGGCCGGAGCUUUGUGCAGACCUGGCGACUCCUGGGUGGCAGCGGCAGCGCCUGUCCGGAUGGCGGCGGCGUUCGGACAAUAUUGAACCAAUGAGCUCCAAGAGGCGCAGGGCCACGUCCCCAUCCAGCAGUGUCAGCGGGGGGGACUUUGACGAUUCCCCGCACACCACAAGUACCCCAAGCUCUGGCAGGAAACGCAGGAGACUCGCUACCGUGCCAAAUGUGGACCCAAUCGCCGUGUGCCAUGAACUGUACAACACGGUCAGGGACUAUAAAGACGAGCAAGGUCGCAUUCUUUGUGAGCUUUUUAUUAGAGCACCGAAACGCAGGAACCAGCCAGAUUAUUAUAACAUCAUUUCCCAACCCAUUGACUUGAUGAAAAUCCAGCAGAAGCUGAAGAUGGAUGAGUAUGAGGAUGUCGGCCUGCUGACUGCAGACUUCCAGUUACUCUUUCAGAAUGCAAAGACGUAUUAUAAGUCUGAUACUUCAGAAUACAAAGCAGCUUGUAAGUUGUGGGACCUUUACCUACGCACACGUAAUGAGUUUAUCCAGAAGGGUGAAUGUGAAGAUGAUGAGGAUGACGAAGAGGAUACACAGGACACUCCAGAAGUAGAGACUUCACAGAAAUACUUAAAGCCCAUCUUGGAACAGCUGCUGGAAUCUGUAACCACUGCUGCGGAUCCGAAUGGCAGACUGAUAAGUGAACUCUUUCAGAAAGUCCCUUCUAAAGUGCAUUACCCAGACUACUACGCCAUAAUAAAAGAUCCGAUUGAUCUGAAAUCAAUUGCCCAAAGGAUUCAGUCGGGUCAUUACAAAAACUUAAAUGCAAUGGCCAAGGAUAUUGAUCUACUAGCAAAGAAUGCCAAGACCUAUAACGAACCAGGUUCCCAGGUGUUCAAGGACGCCAACACAAUCAAGAAACUGUUUGCACUUAAAAAGUCUGAACUGGACUGCACUGAGUACUCCAAAUCAAGUCUCCGCAGCAGGAACAAGAGGCCGGCACAAGGGGAUCGAUUAUCUGCCAUCACAAUGGCUCUCCAGUACGGCUCAGAGAGUGAGGACGAUGCUUCUCUAAACGCAGCACCAUCCAUCCGCUAUGAGGAAGGAGAGUCAGAAGGAGAAAGCAUCACCUCAUUCAUGGAUAUAUCCAGCCCAUUAUAUCAGCUUUAUGAGACCGUUCGAUCUUGUCGAAAUAACCAGGGUCAACUGAUUGCUGAACCGUUCUUCCACCUCCCGUCAAAGAAGAAGUAUCCAGAUUAUUACCAGCAGAUCAAGAACCCCAUAGCUCUACAGCAGAUUAGAACAAAACUAAAGAACCAAGACUAUGAUAAUCUGGAUCAUCUGGAGGCAGAUUUAAAUUUGAUGUUUGAGAAUGCAAAGCGCUAUAAUGUCCCAAAUUCAGCAAUUUACAAGCGGGUCUUUAAACUGCAGCAGCUAAUGCAGGCUAAAAAGAAAGAGCUGGCUCGCAGAGACCUCGAUAUAGAGGACGGAGACAGCAUGAUUUCCUCCGCCACAUCUGACACCGGCAGCGCAAAGAGGAAGAGCAAGAAAAACGUUCGGAAACAGAGGAUGAAGAUUCUGUUCAACGCGGUCCUAGAGGCCCGGGAGACUAUUAGCAAUCGUCGCCUUUGUGAACUUUUCAUGUUUAAACCAUCUAAAAAAGACUACCCAGAUUAUUAUAAGAUUAUCCUGGAACCCAUGGACUUAAAAACGAUCGAACACAAUAUCCGCACUGACAAAUAUGCCACAGAGGACGCCAUGAUGGACGACAUGAAGCUGAUGUUCCGGAACGCCUGGCACUAUAAUGAAGAAGCUCACAGGAUAGUCAUGACCAAUCCCUUUAAGUGGCAGUUUUUCAUAAUUUUUGGAGAAGAGGUCUACAACGAUGCUCACGUUUUGGAGAAGAUCCUCAAGGAGAAAAGGAAAGAGCUUGGUACUUUGCCAGAUGACGACGAUGUGGCUUCACCGAAGCUCAAGCUAAGUAGAAAAAGUGGAAUAUCUCCAAAGACCAAAUAUCUGAGCCCCAUGCAGCUAAAACUGAAUGAAGUGUAUGAAGCCGUAAAGAAUUACACAGAUAAGCGUGGCAGACGUCUCAGCGCCAUCUUUCUGCGUCUUCCUUCCCGCUCCGAGCUCCCAGACUACUAUGUGACCAUCAAAAAGCCCAUCGACAUGGAAAAGAUCCGGAGUCACAUAAUGGCCAACAAGUACCAAGACAUAGAUGCCAUGUUCGAGGACUUUGUCAUCAUGUUCAAUAACGCAUGCACUUACAAUGAGCCAGAGUCCUUAAUUUACAAGGAUGCUUUGGUUCUUCAUAAGGUACUGGAGACCCGUAGAGAUAUUGAAGGCGAUGAGGAUUCCCAUGUUCCUAAUGUAACUUUGCUCAUCCAGGACCUCAUACACAUCUGUUUUGUGUCCAUGAUGAGCCAUCAGGAUGAUGAAGGAAGAUGUUAUAGUGAUUCUCUGGCUGAAAUUCCUCUGCAGUUGAUCUAAAUUCCAAAGAGGCCUCCUCUGACAUUUGAGAAUCGAAAGAACGUGGAAAACAAUCGCUCGAGACUCGACCUUUUCCAGGAGCACAGGUUUGAGGUUCUGGAAAGAGCACGGCGAAUGAAUAGGACGGACUCUGAAAUCUACGAGGACUCUGUCGAGCUUCAACAGUUCUUUAUUAAGAUACGAGAUGAACUUUGCAAGAAUGGCGAGAUCCUCCUUUCUCCAGCCUUGAGCUAUACUACCAAGCACCUGCACAAUGAUGUCGAAAAAGAGAGAAGGAGAAAGCUACCUAAAGAACUAGAAGAAGACAAAGUCAAAAGAGAGGAAGAGAAAAAAGAAGCUGAGAAGAGUGAAGAUCCCGGAGGAGUUUCUGGUCAGUCUGGACAAUACCGAACCUACAGCCAAGACUGCAGUUUUCGAACAGCAUUACAUGUUGGGGAUUAUGUGUAUGUGGAUCCUGCAGAGGCAAACCUCCUCCACACAUUGUCCUUUAUUGAGCGCCUCUGGAGAAAUUCCUACAGAAGGAAGUCUUUCAAGAGUGACUACUAUAACAAGGUCCCUGUAAAUAAAAUCCUUGGCAAGUUGUGUGAUGUUUGUGAAGGUAAGAAUUACUUCAAUUUGGCCCCGAAAAACUUUCGAGAUGAGGAUGUGUAUGUAUGUGAAUCUAGGUAUUCUGCCAAAACCAAAUUUAAGAAGAUUAAGUUAUGGACCAUGCCCUCAGGUUCAGUGCGCUUCAGGCCCAGAGAAAUACCUCUGCCCGUUGUGAGAGUGGCUUCAGUGUUUGCACAUAAAGAUAAGGUAGACGAGAUGCCCUCAGAAAACAUGGAGGACACAAAGGAUGAGGAUAUCACACUCUGUCUGGAAAAGGAAAAAGAAGAUGUACCUGUUGAUAUGCCCAAUGGGGAACCUGGGUGCUAUUAUUAUGAGCAGCUUCGGUACAAUGACAUGUGGCUGAAGGUUGGAGACUGUGUAUUUAUCAAGUCACAUGGAUUAGUUAGGCCAAGAGUGGGCAGAAUCGAAAAAAUGUGGCUUCGAGAUGGGGCAGCUUAUUUCUUUGGCCCAAUAUUUAUUCAUCCCGAAGAAACAAUCCAUGAGCCAACCAAAAUGUUCUACAAGAAGGAAGUGUUCUUGAGUAAUUUAGAAGAAACCUGCCCCAUGACCUGUAUUUUAGGAAAGUGUGGAGUCUUAUCCUUCAAAGAUUUUCUGUCUUGCCGUCCAACGGAAAUCCCUGAAAAUGAUGUACUGCUUUGUGAGAGUCGCUACAAUGAGAGCGACAAGCAAAUGAAGAGGUUUAAAGGGUUAAAAAGGUUUUCUCUGUCUGCUAAAGUUGUGGAUGAUGAAAUCUAUUAUUUUAGGAAACCCAUUGUCCCUCAAAAAGAGCCGUCUCCACUUUUGGAAAAGAAGAUCCAAGAUUUGGAGGCGAAAUUUGCAGAGUUGGAGGGCGGUGAUGACGAUAUUGAAGAUAUGGGAGAUGAUGAUGGAGAGAUGUUGGAGGCCCCAUCCCUCCCACAGCUCCAAACGCCCAUGACUAGUGAAUUAGAGCUCUUGCAAUACACUCCCCAACAGGGCGCCGCUCAACCAAGCUCCCCCCGAUGCACCGACGACCUGACGCCAGCGGUCAGGCUGCCCUCCCCUUCCUCAUUGACGCAAGGGGAAAACCUAACAGAGGCAGAACCCACUGAGACACCCAGUGACAGACAAACGAAAGAUGGCGAACCAGGGGAGACAGUGGACAGCAAAUUACCCAAACAGGUGUUAGACAUCGUAAAGUCAACACCUAAGUCUGGCAAGAACAGCACUAAGAAAGAAGGAGGCAAGAGGAAGAUUAACAUGAGCGGUUACAUCCUCUUCAGUAGCGAAAUGAGGGCAAUUAUAAAAGCUCAACAUCCCGACUACUCCUUUGGUGAACUCAGCAGAUUGGUAGGAACAGAGUGGCGGAACCUGGAGGCAACAAAAAAAGCAGAUUAUGAAGAACGUGCUGCCAAAGUAGCAGAGCAGCAAGAAAGGGAGCGAGCAGCACAGCAGCAACAGCAGCAGCAGAACUCUUCUCCCAGAGCUGGCACUCCUGUGGGAGCUCUAAUGGGAGUUGUACCUCCACCAACACCGAUGGGAAUGCUUAACCAGCAGAUGACACCGGCCUCAGGCAUGAUAGGGGGCUAUCCGCCUGGCCUGCCACCCAUGCAGGGCCCAGUUGAUGGCAUUAUUAGCAUGGGCAGCAUGCAGCCUCAUCAUCAUGGGGUGUUACCACCUCACCACCUCCUUCCUCCAGGUAUACCAGGCCUACCGGGCAUCCCGCUGCAGGGGGUCAUGGCCCAAGGGGUGUCUUCUAUGGUAGGGACAACUGCAGCUGGAAACAACCCUUACAAUCAGCAGAUUGGUCUUCUAGUCCAACCCGGGCAGCAGGCACCGCCGCCUUAUCCAGGUCAGACUCAAGCUAAUCAGCCUGUCAUGCAGCAGCCAUCAACCCCAAUAUUUGUUGCACCCCCUCCAAGGACUCAAAGGUUACUCCAUUCUGAAGCGUACUUGAAAUAUAUUGAAGGCUUAACAGCAGAAUCUAAUUGCAUCAGCAAAUGGGACCAGACAUUGUCAGCUCGGAGACGAGAUAUCCACUUAUCCAAAGAACAGGAGAGCCGACUUCCUUCCCACUGGUUGAAGAGCAAAGGGGCCCACACAACCAUGGCCAACGCCUUGUGGCGCCUGCGAGAUCUCAUGCUUAGAGACACCCUAAACAUCCGCCAGGCGUACAACAUUGAAAACGUCUAACCUCUCACUACUGUUUUCCCUUUCAUACCAAGAUACUUUUUGUGGAUCAAUUGAUGUUUUUAGUGACUGGAGGCCAAUAUUUUUUAUUGCAUUUCUGUACAUUGUAAGACCAUUUUGAUAUGAGGACAUUUUUAAUGAUCUUAUUUUGAUUGCAUUGCUUUUUUUCGUUAUGUAUUAAGUUGUCAAAUACAAAGUUUUUACAUGUUUUCGGUUGUGUUUCUGGGGUUCAGUGUCCACGAUGCUCAUGGCUGGUGUGUUGGGUGCAUAGUUUUUUAUUGUAAUUGUGGGUUCAGCUGUACCACACACUGCCAUUAUUUUAAAUUAAAUGUUUUUGUCACUACACUGGCCUAUGGUCUUACUGCAUUUAUGUACUUUUAUCCUUGCCAGGCUUAUUACACCACCAUCAUUCAAGGGCUGCACAUGCAUUAUAUUUUGAAUACGUCCCUUUUAUCCAUAUUAAAGGGUUUAUCUGAAAAUUAAAGAAAAUAUUUAUCUAGAGUACUGU